CUCCGAAUCCCGCCCCACCAGGCCCUGGAUCCCUGGCAGGACCAGCUCUAGAAGCAGAGUUGUCUCGCGAAGAAGCAUGUUUUGGGCCCAGAGGAGACUCUGCUCCCUUGGCAGUAGAGCUAAAUUCCUGAAGAUGAUUUAUUCUCCAAAAAUCUUCAGACUCUCCACUUCUGCUAGAAUGUCUUUGAAAUUUAAAAAUGCCAAACGAAUUGAAGGCCUUGACAGUAACGUGUGGAUUGAAUUUACCAAGUUGGCUGCAGAGCCCUCUGUUGUGAAUCUUGGCCAAGGCCUUCCAGAUAUCUCCCCGCCUGAGUAUGUGAAGGAAGAAUUAUCAAAGGUUGCAGCUAUGGAUAGCCUGAAUCAGUAUACACGGGGCUUUGGUCAUCCAUCACUUGUGAAAGCUCUGUCUUGCUUAUAUGAAAAGUUUUAUGAAAAUCAGAUCGAUCCGAAUAAAGAAAUCCUCGUUACAGUAGGAGCCUAUGGGUCUCUUUUCAAUGCCGUUCAAGGGUUAAUCAAUGAGGGGGGAUGA